ACUCACCAAUCGCAAUUGCUGGUCACCGAUUCCUGCUGGAACCGUGUCCGCACCUUGGCGGCUCGCAAACAACAGAGUCUCGAUGACGUCUAUUUGCGCGUAUUCGUCGACGCGGGGGGUUGUUCCGGAUUCACCUACCAAUUCGAAUUGGACCAGGAAGCUCUCGCAGCGGAUGACGUUGUCUUUGUGCAACCGCAUAGCGACGGCAACGGUACCGCCCGCGUUGUGGUGGACGAAACCUCACUCAACUACAUACGCGGAUCUACCAUUAAUUACGUCCAGGAAAUGAUCAAGAGCAGCUUCGAGGUUCAGGAAAAUCCACAGUCGGAAUCGGCCUGUGGCUGCGGCAGUUCCUUUGCCCUCAAA